AUGUACUACCCUGGCCGUGUUCUCCUCGAGUCCAUCAAGGACGUUAUCAGGUCAGACGACUUUACAGAAAAGAAAUGCCCCAGCAACUGUAAAAGCCAUGGCAAAUGUAAUGUGAUUACGGGCGAAUGUAUGUGUCGCGAUCGCUGGAUCGGCCCCGAUUGCGGGCGGAAAAUAGGCGAUCUUAGUAUUCCAAAACAGAAAGGUGGCUGGUACAAACCUGACAAGGGCAUCACGUGGCAGUGGCAGCUGCAGGGAGAGAUCGAUCGGACAUACGAUGUGGAUUUAUACGACAUAGACUUCGACACGUCUCCACAGGUCAUUAAAGAGCUGCACAAGGAUGGACGGAAGGUCAUGUGCUACUUUAGUGCAGGCAGCUGGGAGAUGUGGCGCAAAGAUGCGGAUAUGUAUCCAGCCUCGGUAAAGGGUGGGAUCCUGUCCUUUGCCAGUGGAGACACAUUCUCUAACGAGGCAUGGCUGGAUCUACGUCGGAUGGACGUUAUAGGCCCACUCAUGCUUGAGCGUCUAGAUGUCGCCCAACAAAAGGGAUGCGAUGCUAUUGAAUUCGACAACGCGGACACGGUUACGCACACGGCUAAAUUGGGGGGCGAUAUCGAGCUACGUACACAGCUGCGAGUCAACAAGUGGCUAGUUGCGCAAGCACAUGUUCGCGGGAUGGGGGUGGCCUUGAAGAACUCAGAAAUGUUUGCGACAUUCCUCUCGGACACCUACGACAUGGUAGUGAAUGAAGAAUGCUUCGUGAUGGGCAACUGUGACAACUACUGGCCCUUUUUAAAUCGGGAAAAACCGGUUCUCAAUUGCGAAUACACCACAGCCCUCUGCUUCUACUGCAAACGCGCUAAGGCGAUGGAGUUCUCCACUAUCAAGAAAACCCCCGCGCUUGAUGCGUGUAUGGUAGACUGCUCGCACGACUACUCAGAGAGUGUGUGCAAGGCGACUGGAUACACAGACGCAACAGGCAAGCAAUGGAAACACGCCAAGUACGAUGGCAAAAAGAACAAGGACGGGUGGUGUCCCAUGGCUCAGAACAAACAGAAGGACGAGAGCCCCGCCAAGCGAUACGGCACGUGCGAUCCAGAGCGAGGCUAUUAA